AUGGCACCAUUUGAAGCACUUUAUGGGAGGGGAUGUAGAUUGCCCAUAGUGUGUUUUAAGGAUGGAGAUGUAAAACCUUUGGGAGUUGAUUUGAUGGGUGAACAGGUUCUUUUGAAGGUGUCACCUAUAAAGAGUGUGAUAAGAUUUGGUAAGAAGGGCAAGCUUAGUCCUCACUACAUUGGCCUAUUCAAGAUUCUUGACUGUGUAGAGCCAAUGGAUUAUAGGUUGGCUCUACCACCUAGUCUAUCUAGAGUCCACCUAGUGCUCUAUGUAUACAUGUUGAAGAAGUACCAUGGGGAUGGAUAUUAUAUCAUCAAGUGGGACUCAGUCUUAUUAGACAAAGAUCUUCAGUAUGAAGAAAAACUGAUAGCAAUUCUUGAUCAUGAUGUUUGGAAGCUAAGGUCCAAGGAGAUUAAGUCGGUAAAGGUUCAAUGGAAGCAUCAUCCGGUUGAUGAAGCCACUUGGGAAACCAAGAAGGACAUGCGAGACCAAGAACAAGCCAAGAGACUCCGUAAAAGGAAAGCUCAAGUUCCUUAA